AUGCACCGCACCCGGAAGCGUCCGGUCGCGAGCGGCAGGGUGUCCCGGCGUGAGGCGCUGGUCUUCGGGAUUGUACUCACGAUUGCGUCGUUCGCGCUGCUGAGCGCCUUCGUGAACGUGCUCAGCGCGGCACUCACCCUGAGCGGCACGCUGAUCUACAUCUUCGUCUACACCAUCGGUCUGAAGCGAUCGACUCCGCAGAACAUCGUCAUCGGAGGGGCGGCAGGGGCGGUUCCCCCGAUGGUCGGGUGGGCGGCGGUGACGGGCACGGUCGGUCUGCCCGCGAUCUAUUUGUUCGCGAUCAUCUUCUUUUGGACGCCGCCGCACUUCUGGGCGCUGGCCCUCCUGAUAAAGGAUGACUACGCGCGCGCCGGCGUGCCCAUGCUGCCCGUAGUGACGAGCCUGGCGGACACGAAGCGGCAUAUCCUGCUGUACACGGUGCUGCUCGUCGCUCUCACGGCCAUGUUCUACACGACCGGGGAGGUCGGGUUGAUUUAUCUCGUGUCGGCGCUCGGUCUGGGGGCGGUGUUUAUCUACCGCGCCGUGGCGCAUAUUCGCUUGGAAGGGAUGGAAGGGACGAAAUCGCUGUAUCUCUAUUCGCUCUUGUAUCUGGCCCUGCUGUUCCUCGCGGUGAUGGUGGACGGAAUGGUGAGCGGGUGA